AUGAGAGGAGGAACUGCCAGUAGUGCCCUUUCGGAAUCUGAAUGCGUCGCACGCGGCGCCGAUGCUCCAGUACUCUUCCAAAACUUUUGCGACUACAAAACUGGUCCAAAACACCCAAGAGUGCUUUAUUUGUUUACGUCUCACAUAUGGAAUGUAGUUGCACGUGCGGAAGACUCGAGCUUGCCUCUGUCCAGCACCGAACCGUUCCCCCCUUCCUGGCCGUCUGCGCUCCUCGCGGCUGCAAGGUUCCCUCCCGACGAGUUUUCAGACGCGUCCCCCACGAUAGACCCAGUGUUACGCAAAGUGUGUCGGAAGGGCGGAAUUUCUGAGAAGUACACAACUUGGGGACGCUUUUUGGCGCGCGAGAACUCUGCCAGGGGCCGCAUGCUCGGCUGCACCAAACGAGGGGAUGUAUUUGGCGGGAGGCUGGAUGCAACUGGCGCCUGCGGAAAGGGGGAACCUGAGACACCGCGGAGCCGUGAAACUCGCGAAGGACUCUCUGUCGGUGGAAAUUUCCUUCGCGUCUCCCCUAACACAGCCCGCACUUCUUGCAGAGGCGUGGCGGUUCGACGGUCGGCUGGGGAGGGGUUGCAGGAGCCGGAGAGUUCGUCUUUCACAGAGUCUCGGUGGGCUUUGCGUCCAGAGCGGUGCUCCCUAGCCUUUCUCUCCUCUCCUCGCAAGCGCCUCCUGCGCCUCCUGCAGAAGCAGCUAGCUUCUCAGCUAGCUGCCGCCAGCGAGGGGAACGAUAUCGACCCUCGUCGGCGCCCCCCCCACGCCGCAACUCCCGAGAGCAUCCUCGCUCGCUGGCUCCUUGCAGAUCCGAAGCGGUUGCGGGACGUUGCUCAGCAGAGACACCCGUCUGCCUUAGGGAGCGCGAAGGAAAAGGCAUCUUUGACUCCUGAGCAGCCUGAGAAGGAGCUGCGAGAAGAGCAGCACGGCGCCCACGAGAGGGGGGGUCUCCUCGGAGCAGGUGCCUCUCCGCGUGUUUCGAAGCGCGGCGCCGGAAUUCUUUCGGAUGGAAUGCCGAAGCGGCGCCGCGUCUUGCAUGCGGACGCUGCCACGGGGGGAGAGCCGCUGCAGGAUCGACAGAGCCCUCGUAUCGAAGUCUGGCGACGUUGCGAGGAUCCGGGAUGGCGUGCGCGCGCAACUGCCGCUGCUGCUGCAUCAGCGGAGAGUGGCAGCUGGUGGGAGCCGUCGGAGGCUGCAGGGGAGCUCCCUGUGGUGCCGUCGUUGCUGCUGCCGCUGCUGCCUUCCAUCUACGCAUUGCAUGCGCAGCCCUGGCCUCCUCCCCCCGCGAAGCGGCGUCGCUUUGCGGCGCGCAGACGGAGGGGGCUGGGGUGUUUCGGUGUCUCCUCUGCGCGCGUGGAGGCGGCUUUCGAAGGCUUUACGUGCCCUUCUCCCCCCGCUGCACAGACGGCUCAGGCAGGCGGAGGAGGGGGGGGUGCUUUUGGGGGGGUGGCCUCAUGGGGGAGUGUUGCAGAUGCGGGUGCUGUGUCGGUGACGGAGGAAGAAACGACAGCCGCUCAGGCUUGCAAUCCAGACUCGAGGGAGGCUCGCACUGCCUGUGGGGGAUGCGUAACGGACUCCCCACCCCUGUGUUGUGGUGCUUCCGUUGUGACGGAAGUUUCGGGACGAACAGGAGACGCAGCAGCAGCCGCCGAAGAACGCGUGAGCGACACGUUCAUGUGCAACAACAGCCCCUCCUCAGGCGCUCUCCCGAUGGUAGAAACUCCCGAGGCACCGCCCCGUAGACGGAGGGGCAGACGUGGAAAUUCUGUCGCAGGAAACUGCGCGCCAGCUGCCACGACGGCUGCUCCGUGCGGGAGCGUCUCCGCCGUUCGCGACAUUGCGACGGCAGCAGCAGCUGCAGCAGCUGCUGCUGCAGCUGCAACUCUGGGAGGCGUCGAACAACAUCGCGAGCAGCACACUCCGCCGCCUUCGAGGGUCCGCAGGCUGUCGAGAGUCGUUGCGUGCACUGGCUUGAAAGACGCCGAGGCAGCAGGGGCGGCAGCGGAAGCCAAGCUUGCCGGCUUACUGCCAGCAGACUGCAAUUACAAGCGAGAAGCGGAGGCGCACCACAACCCCCGCAAGCCCGCCUCGACAGCUGUAGCAGCAGCGGGAGCGAACGUGAAGAGCAGCGUGGUCGGGUGUGCCUGCUCGACGGGGUGUCUGCCCCCCCCUGUGAGUGUCGCAGAGGCGGUUGCUGCAGUAAAAACGCCACCAACGGCUCAAGAAGGCUUCGCUAAAGAAACCCUCUCUAGCGAACCCCUCACCCCUCCGAAGGAGGCUGUCUCUUCACCAGAGGCACCCCUCUUCGCAGGAGCACUGCCCCCCUCCCCCCUCUCGCCUCCGCGUCAUCAUGUCGCCUUGGCUCGAAUAUCGCAAGGUUUGCUGGUAGGUCCCUCUUCCUUAGGCCGUGGUUCAGGGCUAGGCGUGUAUUGCUGCCGAGAUUUGCCUCGGUUAUCCGUGAUCUGUGAGUACAGUGGAGUGCUGAUCGACAGAGGCACUGCGCUCCUGCUGCGGCACAUGCGCUGUGCGUCGCACGUCAUCAAUGUGCAAAUGCAACACCUGUACCUCCUAGGCUUCCACACGCCCUUUCCUCUCUCGGGAGGAGGAGCCUUCGUUAAUGAUGGAAGAUGGCGCCCCGGUGGGGGGGAGGGCCCAGGGGUGUGCGUGCGGUUUAAGGUGAUGUUCGAUCGUUAUAGGGCAGCGCAGCGCGUUGUCAUAGUGGCUCUGAAGGAUAUUCGGAAGGGGACAGAGCUGCUCACCUCGUACGAUAACGAUUACUGGAGACUUCUGGCGCAGACGCAUCACAGAAGAUGCAAGUAA